AUGAUACUACUACAGAGUGGUGAUAUCAGCACCAAUCCCGGCCCCCAGUGUAGAAAUGUGAAUGAAAAUAGUGUGAAGACAAGAGAGGAAGGAAAAAGACGCCCUAAAUAUCCAUGUAUGCAUUGUGGAAGAGGAAUUAUUAAAACCAGCAAAACAAAGGAGUGUGAAGAAUGUGAAAAGAAAAUAUGUGAAUUGUGCAACAAAGGCAUAUACACGAACAGUAAAUCGUUGAUAUGUGUUCUUUGUAAUAAGGUAGCUCAUUUAAAGUGCAUUAGAGGUAACCUGAAACACAUCACAUGGCAAGAAAGACAGUGUAAAUACAUGUGUAAUUCGUGCUGUCUAGCUGAAUUGCCUUUUCAGGAGGAACAUCACAGUGACAAUGCUCAGGUAAAUGUAGAAAUAUGCAAUGAUUUAAACGAAGGUAAUGAACAUCCUGACAUCACUACACCAUCCAAAUCUGACAGCAAAAUUUACGAAUCAUUUAAUAACAAAGGGUUACACAUAAUACAUAUAAACAGCCGCUCACUCAUGAAUAAAUUGGAGGAAGUUAGAUUAUUGGCACUUAAAACUAAUGCGGCAGUAAUGUGCAUUUCAGAAACUUGGCUUGACGAUUCAGUUACCAACAAUGAAAUAGAAAUUAGUGGAUACCAGGUAAUAAGAAAAGAUAGAAAUAGGAAUGGAGGAGGAGUGUGUAUGUAUAUAAAAUCAUGUUUAACCUUCAACCAGAGGAAUGAUAUAGACACUGAUGGACUUGAAGUUAUUUGGUGUGAAGUACUUUUGCCAAAAACAAGACCUAUUAUUGUUGGUUGUUGCUACAGACCUCCGCAGCAAAAUAAUUUCUUAGAUUUGCUAGAAGAAAAUGUUACAAAAUUUUCCCAAGAGGAUGAAGUGAUAAUUCAGGGUGAUAUGAAUAUAUGUUUUCUUAAGAGAAUAGGGCAACUGUACAAAAGGUAUGUAAACUUCAUGAAAAUGUUUGGUAUGGAACAACUAAUAAGUGAGGUGACCAGGGGAAACUGGUAAAUCAUCAGCUAUUUUAGACCAUAUAAUAUGUAGUAAACCUGAAAAAAAUUAGUCAACAGGGAGUACUGCCAAUAGGAAUUAGUGAUCACUAUGUAAUAUACUGUACUAGAAAGACAGUGAAGGCAUGUAUAAAUAGUCAUAAGAGUAUCAAGAUCAGAUCAAUGAAAACAUAUGAUGCACAGAUAUUCAAUGAGGAAUUAGGGAGCCAAAUCUGGAACAAUGUUUAUGAGGCAGAAACAGUCGAUGAAGCAUGGAACAAUUUUAAAACAUUUUAAUUAAAGUAAUUGACAAGGUAGCUCCGGUAAAAGAAAUUAGAAUUAAACAAAGAACCGAACCAUGGAUAACUCCGCAAGUGCUAGACAUGAUUAAAGAAAGAGAUAGACUUUUAGGUGAAUAUAAAAAGGAUAAAAACAGCAAAGAUAAAUAUGACAAAUUCUGCAAAUCAAGAAACAAACUACAACAAAAUAUAAGAAAGAUAAAAUCUACAUAUAUCUCCGAUAAAAUACAAGAAAACUAUAACAAUAGCAAGAAAUUAUGGCAACGGCUCAAAAAUUUAGGUUAUUCUGGAAAAUCAAAAGAAGAUACAAAAACAGUGCUUAAAAUUGAGGAAGAACUAUGUUUUGACGGAAAGAAAAUAGCAUCAUACUUUAACAAAUUCUUUACAACCAUAGCAUCAAAGUUGGUUAGUAAAUUGCCAUAUGCGGAUAGGAUUUUCACUACGGACUCUUAUAAUUUCAAAAACUACUACAGAUCCAAAGGACUUAUAGAAAAUAAGUUCAAACUUACUGGGACAACUGAAGAUUAUGUAUUCAAUUUACUAAAGAAACUAGAAAUAAAUAAAAGUACCGGUUUAGACUGUAUACCAGCGAGGUAUAUAAAAGAUGGAGCACCAAUACUAAAAGGUCCAAUAACUCACAUUAUCAAUAAGUCAAUAUAUACAAAUGAAGUGCCACAAGGAUUCAAAGAAGCUAGAGUAAAACCACUGUACAAAAAGAGUAACAGGCAAGAAGUAAGUAACUACAGACCAGUCAGUAUCCUUAAUAUAAUAUCUAAAGUACUAGAAAGAACUAUAUAUGAUCAGUUAUCGAAUUACCUAAAAGAAAACAAUAUCAUUUAUGAAUUUCAAUCAGGUUUUAGAGACAGUCAUUCCACAGAUACAUGUCUGACUCAUUUACUAGACUUACUAAAAACUAAUAUGUCAAAAGGGAUGUAUACGGGCUUAGCUCUCCUGGAUCUGCAAAAAGCAUUUGAUACUGUUGACCACCAUAUCUUGUGUGAAAAAUUAAAAGCAAUGGGUGUAGAGUCAGUGGAAUGGUUUUACUCUUAUCUAAGUGGAAGAAGCCAAAUCGUGAAAAUUGAUGAACAUUGCUCGGAAACCAGAAAUAUAUCCUGUGGGGUACCACAAGGGAGCAUUUUAGGUCCACUACUGUUCCUGUGUUAUGUAAAUGACAUGAAAAUCAGUGUCUCAUGUAAACUGUUGCUAUAUGCAGAUGACAGCAUUUUGAUUGUUCCACACAAGGAUGUAGAUAUUAUUAAAAAUAGACUAAGUAAAGAAC